CCAAAACGAUGAACCACGUGAUUGAUCUAUGUAUGCUGCCACCAGUCAAGAAAAGUUUCAACUCUCUCGUCUCUCUAGCUAAGCUAGACCAAAUGAACAGAGAGCUCUAGCUAUGGGAUGUGGUGCUAGCAAUUCGUUACCGUACGCGUCCCCGUCACCUUUUCUCGGCAACAAACAACGCGUACAAAACAAGAAGAAGACACCUAAAGAUGAAGCACUAGGUAAUCUAGUGCUUUUGGAGACUCUUUUCAAGCAGCUGGACUCUAGUGGCUGUAUAAUUCGGACCACAGGAACGUGUGGAGAAAUUCAGCUAGCACUGCGUUACUAUGACGACAGAGAGUUGCUGAUUGUGAAACUAAUUCAAUGUAAAGGAUUGGAAGUCAAAGAUGUGAGGUCCAACAGCUCAGACCCUUAUGUUUGCUUUGCUGUCCUACCAGCUCCUGGAAUGGAUAAUCAGCAGCGGAGUCGGACUGUUAUGAAAAGCCUCAAUCCUUUAUACAAUGAAAUGUUCACAUUUUCAGUAAGCAAUGGUCGCCUACCUCAAUCACAAUUGCACUGCAGUGUGUGGGACUAUGAUCGUAUCACUACUGAUGACUUUAUUGGACAAGUCUGUCUCAACCUUUGUGAAGUUGAUUGGACUGACCGUGAACCACAUUGGUAUGAUCUUACUGACAAGGUUAUCUGUUCUCUGUUUGGAUAUGUUGAUGUGACAGUGGAGUUCAAUUUGCCACAUUUUCUAUUGGUGACUGUGCAUUGCAUCAGAGAUUUACACAUUGUGGAGACUGCAGCACCGUCCUCUCUUAAACCAUAUGUUGUUUGCUCUGUUACUGGACUAAAUCAAACACACAGGACACCAGCGUAUGAAGUGAGUAACUGUAUUGUUGUUGAUGAGUCAUUCGAAUUCUCAAUGGCAAAGGAAGAACUACUUGGGAGAUAUGUUGUUGUGAGUGUUUCUGACGCGCAAAAUAUUUCAAAAAGCCAGUGGCAAGGACAGUGUGUUAUUGCACUUUCCGAGGUUGUUCCUCAUGAACCUGUCAAAGACUCGUACGAGUUGGGAACACCAAGAGAAUAUCAUGAUAUUCAUAUGACAUCAGCUCAACAGUCUGCUCUUGCCAACGAGUUCCAGCAAGCUCUAGUAGCCCAUGCUGCCUUUCGCCAACCGUCUUGGUUGUUUGAGAAGAAAAAAUCACGCCGCAAAGACAAAGGAAACAGGAUGCUAGCAGUCACAUCUAAACGAGGUGGACAGCAGAGUGCACUAACAGCAGCACUCACAUUGCAAAACGGGCAAGUGGACAGCAUAUAGUGCACUAACAGCAACAUUCACAUUACAUAAAGGAAAGGCUAGGCUGCACAUACAUGGUCAUGGCAACUUACAAAAUUAGUUGGAGAUAUAAUAUAGAUGCAUGACAACAUGCGUAGACAUUCUUUAUGUGAUAAACAUAUUUGAAUGUAGAUUUUACUAAGACAUCAGUUGUGAUGAUAGUUAGUAACUUACGUUGGCAUAUCAGUUUUACAUGUAUCUCUGCUCAAAGAUUUUGACGUUGUUCACUUGUCGUA